GAUGGGCUUUAUGCUGAGACUUCCCGAGCAUCGGUCAUCACAAAGACGAACGCGUUGAAAAACUGCGAUCAUGCGAAAAAUUGCGUUUCUGGCUUCUGUGCUUAUCCUGGCAUGCAUCUGGACCAUCCAGGCGCUUGUUCUCCCAGAACCUACAUAUCCUACCCAGGAGAAUUUCGACCUAACCAGGUUUUUAGGGACUUGGCAUGAUGUUGCUGUGGCAAAGACAUGCCCACAUAUCGACCACCACAGAAUGGACUCUGCAAUCGGCAAGCUGGUGUUGCAGAGAGGACCCGCCGACGAUAAACUGGAAAUGAUAAGAACUGUUCUCAAAAAUGGGACCUGUAAGCAGAAAAGUGGACACUAUCAUCUGACGACAACACCGGGACAUUUUCAUUUUACGAAGUGGGGCACUGAAGUAGACGCCUACGUGGUGCACACCAACUACGAGGAAUACGCCCUGAUGAUAUCCGUCAAGGAGAGGUCACCGGGCCAGAGAAGCAUCUCAGUGAAGCUUUACAGUAGGACCAUGGACGUGAGGGACACGUUGCUGGAUGACUUUAAACGGCUGGUCAGAGAGCAAGGGAUGAGCGAUGACAACAUUAUCAUCAAACAGAACAAAGGUCACUGUGAACCUGAAGAGCAGGUCGAAGAACCGGCAACUGUUUUUGAAGUAAGCAAAAGGACGAGGAGGGACGUUGCACCAACUUUGGCUCUGGCAGAAAUGGAAUUGGACGGUUCUGGUGAUAACAUGCUUACGUUCAAUGGAUCGGAGGCGUGCAGUCUAGGGCCGGAACCGGGGCCGUGUUUCGGCAUAAAACAGCAUUACUUCUAUAACUCCAGCGCCAUGAGCUGCCAGAAGUUUAUAUACGGAGGCUGUCUGGGCAACAAGAACAACUUCAAGACUGAGAGGGAGUGUCUGCAGAGGUGUCGCACUGAGGCGGUGUGUCGUCUCCCCCUGUCCCCUGUGGCGUGCACGGGCGAGCCCCUCAACUGGUCCUUCGAUUCCACCCUUGGCGAAUGCGUGCCUUACAAAGCGGGCUACUGCCAGACCAACGGCAACAGGUUCUACAGCAAAGCCGAGUGCGAAGAGUACUGCGGCCUAAAAGUUCCAAAAAUCCUGGAAGAAGAGUGAGGCAACAUCCCAGCGCUCACAGUCGAAAUACCAAUUACUGACUGGAUGUUUCUUGUUGGAAAUAUCAUUAUAUUAGCAUGCCAGAGCAUUUUACCAAUAAAAUGUUGAAUCUG